AUGAUGAAAAGAGAAAAUACUUAUAAGAGACGUUUCAGUAGAGGUGGAACAUCGUAUCUUAAUAAUGAUAAUAAUAAUACUACUGAUGGUAAUGGUCAAGUCAAAUCAAAAGAGAGACUAUCGUUGAAAACCAAUCAGUUAGAGAAAGAUGAAAUUGGUGAUGUAAACAUUUUAGCCUAUUAUAAAGAUGAGGAGUUAAUGAAUCUCGAUGAUAAAAACAAUGUCAACAAUGCAAUCGAUCAAAACAACCUCAACCAUAUCAUCGAGAGCAAUACAAUAAAUAUGAUGAUGAUACCAAUACCUGAAGCAUUAUUAUUUAAUAACGAUGAAAACAAUAUUAUUAAUGGAAAUGAACAAAAUGAGAAUAAUAAUAGUAGUCAUAAUAAUAGUGUUAUUACAGAGGAGUUUGAAGAAGAACAAGUUGAAAUGGAUAUGAUGGAAUUCCUUGCAACACCAGCAAAGAAAACUCCAAUGAAACAACAACAACAACUACAACAACAAACACCAAGCUCAUCAACAUCGUCUAGAACUCCAAAUAGACAAACAACAAGUACCAAAACAACUACAACUCCACAAAAGACAACAAUGACUCCACAGAGAGUAUCCACCAACAACACACCUCAAAAACCAACAACUAUAACACCCACUGGAACUCCUCAAAAGAGUGCUACCACCACUCCUCAAAAAACAUCAUUGGUAUCCAACAACACACCACAAAAGACAACAACAACCACCACUCCUCAAAAACAACAACCAAAUACACCCAACAACAAUAAAUCCAAUUCAACUACACCACAAAAGACAACUUCAACUUUGACAACACCAUCAAAAAUGAUGAAUGGUACCAGUCAUACACCGUUGUCCACUGUCAAUGUUAAUGGAGCAACCACUACAACAACAUCAACAUCAACAACAACCACACCGUCAAGAAUGGUUAGAGAAUGCUGUAACAACAAAGAUGAAAAUCAACCACCUGUACCAUCGACUCCUAAAUCAGCGUUAAAGUCAAAGACGACACCACAGACUCCAGGUAUACCAUCGACACCCAGAAUUCUAAAGUCGGCCAUUAAGAAACCACAGGCCAUUGAAUAUCCAAAAUCACCGGAUAGCAACAAAACUGGUGUUGUCGACAACGAACCAAUCCCAUUGCAAUGGCCAAAGAAUGUAAGUUGGAGUGCCAGAAACGAGGUGGAAUUGUUCAACAAAGAAGAUGAAGCUGCCAAACUAGCUGAAGAGAGAGUUAGAUUAGAACAACAACAGCAACAACAACAAAAACAAAAGGAAGAGGAGGAAGAAAAGGAGAGAGUUUUACAACAACAAUUGGCUGAUGAAGCUGCUGCUGCUGCUGCCGUCGAGAGUGAGAAAAAGAAAAGACAAAUGAAGUUGAUGGAUGAGCGUAGAGAAGCAGCUGAACAAUUGGAGAUUCAGAAGCGACAGAGGGAGGAAAGAGAAGCAGAGAAGGAGCGUCUCAACAGAGAGAAGAUGGAGUUGGCCGAACGACAAGAAAUGGAGAGAUUGGAGCAAGAAGCUGUGAGACUCAGACUGGAGAAGGAAGCUAGAAACACUGCACGUGAGAAAGCCAGACAAGAACGUGAACGUAAAGCCAAGCAAGAACAAGAAGAGAUGGCAAAGAUGACACUUGAAUUGAACUCACAUCGUGAUAUCCUAUUGAAAAAGAGUGAAUCAAACAACACUCAAUCGUCGUCAUCCUCAAUAGUUGUUGACAAUACUGGCGAUGAUGGAGAGUUGGAGUUCCAAGAAGAAGAUAUCAUUGCCAAGAGUAUGAGAGAGUUUAGAGAGAAACAAGAGGCGAUCGAGUUGCAACGACAAAAGAUGAGAGAUGACAUUGCCAAGCAGAUGGAGCAGGAGCGUGUAAAGAUGUUGGAGGAGUACAACAAACGACAGGAGCUUGAGAAGCAAAAGAGAUUGUUGGCAUCCGCCGAGAAGAAAGCAAAAGCUAGAGAUGUGGAGCUUGAAAGAGAGCGAGAACGUUUGGAGUUUGAACAGCAAUUGGCCAAGGAGAAAGAUAAGUUACUCAUGGAAGUCAAGGCCAAACAGAGAGAAUUGGAAGAGCAGAAACAACAAGAACUUCAACUUAUCAACAAAGAGCGUCUGGAAACCGAACGUAUUCAAAAGCAAUUGGCAGAGGAAAGAGAUAAGCUUAUUAAACAACAACAACAAAUAAUUAAUAAUACUUCAACCAAACCAAUGAUGACACCAUCAUCAUCAAAAUUAACAUCAACAUCAACAACAUCCUCAACAACAACAACCAACAACAAUAAGUUAUCAACAUCAAUCAAUUUCAAUAGUUAUAUUUUAAGAAGUAAUAGCAGCAAUGAUAGUAGUAAAUCAACUGCUGUUUCAACAUCUUUGUUUGGCAAUAGUAGUUUGCUGAUGGGUAGAGACGAACGUGAGAAGCUGAAGCGUGAGAAGCGUCUGGCGUUUGAGAGUGAGAAGCGUGCCAAAACGAUGGUGGAGAUUGAGACGACCAAGAAGAUCGAAGAGGAGAAGAAGCGCGAGAUGAUCAAGAUCUUGGAUCGUUUCAACGAUAAGGAGCAAUCACUGAUUGAGGCAUCGCGAAAGAUGCGUGCCGACCGUGAGUUGCGUCGUCGUAAGGAGCGUGAAGAUGCAAUCAACCGUGCCAACCGCGAGAAACAACGUUUGGAAGCCGAGCAAAAAGAGAUGCAACGUCGUCUCAAAUCUACAAUGUCAACACUCAUCACCAACAACAAUAUCAACAGUGCAUUCAAUAUCGGUAGUAACAUUCCGUCGACACCAAUUCUACUGACUCCCAUUCAAAGACUGCAGACUCCAGUGAUCUCAAGUUCCGCCGCCAAGAACCUAUUGUACUCGAACAGUAAGAAUACCAACCAUCUCAAUAACAAUAACAAUACCAGAAACAACAAUAAUGAAUCAUUCAGUAUUUUCAAUACGACAUCAUCUUUUAUCAAUACACCAUCUGCAAAGAAUACCAACAUCAACAACACCAACACCACUUUUACAACUGGCGCGUCACUGCUUGCUAUGGAGACAGAGGAAGAGAAACGUCGUCGUCUGGCAAUGUUGUUUGACAACAAGUUUGUACCGAUGAGAUACUCUGCCACUCCAGCAAACAGAUUAAGACCAAACGCCACCCCUUUCUCCACUGCCAGACGCGCUACAACAGCUAACAACAACAACAACAACACUGCCAGCAAAAACAAUGUCGUCAACAACAACAACAAUACUUCUAUUGUUCCAAUCAGUAACAAUAUCAAUAAUAACUAUCAAUGGAACUUGUUGGCCGAUGUUAAAUUUGAACUACCUGAUUUCUCACCACCGAAAUCACUUCAAUUCGACUUACCUUUGGUUGAUAGAUAUAACAACAACAACAACAACAGCGACCAUAAUGAAGAAGAGGAUGGAGAAGAGGAAGAAGGUGAGAUUCAAGAUGUUAAUGAACAAAUAACUUCAUCUACAAUGUCACCGUCUUCAACGGUAUCGUCGUCAACCACUAUCUCGUUGACAGACUUGGCCAAGUCGGUCAACUCAAAGACACCGAGAUCGUCGAUGUCUCAACAGAAGCGUAGAGAACAACAACUGCAAUUGACCGGUCGCAAGACAGGCGGUGUCUACUCAUCGCAAGAAGGCAGCUCCUACGGCUAUCCCAACGAAGAGGCCUACGCCGACUCUGACAACGACGAUUCAUCGAUUGUACGUCUCACCGACUCGAUCUCCUAUGCCGACUACGAACACGAAGAAGACAGUGCAGAGCAUUCAUUGAAUGAUUCCGAUCUCUUUAAAUCUGUUAUGAACAAACCAAUUAAUAAUAAUAAUAAUAAUAACAAUAAGAAGAAUAACAAUAACAAUACUAAUAAGAAACUAUCAACUACAUCUACUACAUCUUCAACAAAAACAACCGAUAGCAACAGUCCACUUUCAACCUCUGUAAUGUCAACUGGAUUCCACUCGGAAGAAGAGGAGAACGAACACGAACAAACACCAGCAAAGAAAGCGAUCAGCAAGAAGAGAAAGAAUACUAAAUCAACGACAUCAACAACAACAACUGUAAACAAUAACACUAAGAAACAACAACAACAACAACAAAAAUUGAAUGAUUCUUAUGAUGAUGACGAAGAUGAAGCUCUACCAAUUAAACAAUCAAGAUUCAAGAAAAAUAAAAAAUAA